ACAGCGGAGAAAGUUUCCAUUUUGACAUGCCCCUUGGCUUUGAAAGACGUUGCGGGGGGUUAUAUGAAUGUGGCCAGUGAGAGGCAUUUUUCCUUCUCAAUCACCUACCACUGACAACUCCACUCUCUCUUCCCCCUGAGACAAAGCCCCCAAGAAUUUGCUUUCGUUCCAGUAUCCAUUUCCCAAAAAUCCUGUGCCUUUUUGGCUCUCGUUUUGUUUCCUUCCCCCUUUAAUAGGCCUGCACAGGCAAGAACAGGUUGCUGCUCUUGACCCUUUUCUCUAUUUUUCGUUUCUGGGUCUUACAAAGAAAGUGAGGAGAGGAGGGUCUGAGAGGAUUCGUUAAAAUGCAUGGGUUUUGAGCUGAGACUCGGACACCCUUUUGGCCAGUAGAGGAAACCCAGAGAGGAAUCUGAACAGGGUCCUUGUUUCAUUGACAUUGGGGUCGUCUUGAAACUUGCACGAGUAGCUUUGUUCAUCUUUCCAAGUUGGUUAGGGUUUGAAUUUGAUUCGUCAUUGGCGGUGGGCUGUGUUGAGAAGGCAUUGGGAAGCAGUUUCAGGAGCAGGUACUCGUUCGAGAAGGCACUUGAGAGUUAUGCCCACGAAUCUUAACGAGGAACUGUCGACAACAUCUGUUUUUGGUCUCAAGGUGUGGGAAUUGGUAGCAAUCGUUUUUGGAGUCUUCGUCUUAAUAAUCAUGGUGUUGUCGCUCUGCCUUAGCCUUCGCAAAAAAUCCAGAAGGACCAAAAACCUUCUUCCUCUUACCCAAAUUCCUACGGACUCGAAGGAGAUAAAAGAGAUUAUCAUUGAUGAAGCUUCAGCAAAUAAUUUUAUUUCCCAUGAAGGCAUUAUUCACGCGCUCAAUGAUAAGUACAGCGAUAAGGACUCCGAGAAGGCAUUGGCCCUUUCAAAGAAUGGAGAUACCAGCAGUCAAUCAGGCUCUUUUACUAACAUUGAGAAGGAUGGUAUCAAAUCUCAGUUGGAGGGAGUCCAUGGGAAAGUUACUGCUUACCAGCCUUCCUCACAUCCAAUAACUGCACCUUCACCUCUCUCUGGUCUGCCGGAGUUCUCCCACCUCGGUUGGGGCCAUUGGUUUACUUUAAGAGAACUGGAAGUAGCUACUGGUCGGUUUUCCAAGGAAAAUGUCAUUGGAGAGGGUGGAUAUGGAGUUGUUUAUAGUGGUUGUCUGGUUAAUGGGACACCUGUGGCGGUCAAGAAGCUCCUCAACAAUCUGGGGCAAGCAGAGAAAGAGUUCAGAGUAGAAGUUGAGGCCAUUGGUCACGUGCGGCACAAAAACUUGGUUCGACUCCUUGGGUACUGCAUUGAAGGAACUCACAGGUUGUUGGUGUAUGAGUAUGUCAACAAUGGAAACCUAGAGCAAUGGCUUCAUGGAGCCAUGCGUCACCAUGGUUAUCUUACCUGGGAAGCUCGCAUGAAGAUUCUCCUGGGCACUGCCAAGGCAUUGGCUUACUUACAUGAGGCGAUUGAACCAAAGGUAGUGCAUCGGGACAUCAAGUCCAGCAACAUACUGAUUGAUGAUGACUUUAACGCAAAGAUAUCUGAUUUUGGCCUGGCAAAACUGCUUGGUGCUGGAAAGAGUCACAUCACAACUAGAGUCAUGGGAACUUUUGGGUAUGUAGCACCAGAAUAUGCCAACUCUGGGCUAUUGAACGAGAAAAGUGAUGUUUACAGCUUUGGAGUGGUCCUUCUGGAAGCAAUUACUGGACGAGAUCCGGUAGAUUAUGGGCGACCUGCACCUGAGGUGAAUUUGGUUGACUGGCUCAAGAUGAUGGUCGGAAGCAGGCGUUCUGAAGAGGUGGUGGACCCGAACAUUGAGACAAAGCCAUCAACAAGCGCCCUUAAACGAGCCCUUCUGACUGCUCUGAGAUGCGUCGAUCCUGAUGCUGAGAAAAGGCCAAAAAUGAGUCAAGUUGUCCGGAUGCUGGAGUCAGAGGAGUACCCGAUACCCAGAGAGGAUCGAAGGCGUCGGAGGAGUCAUACUGGAGCUGCGGACACAGAGCCUCGGAGAUCCAUUUCUGAAACUGAUCGGAGUGACGCUCCAGAAUUAAGGUCAGACACUCGAAGGAAUGCUGGGCACAGAGAAAGGGGCUAAUCGAUGACACUAUGUUUGGACGGAGGGGCUCAAGAUCUCUGAGUUUAGCUGAUGGCAUUCUCUCUGCAUUUGCAGAUUCAUUUCUUCUUUACAGCUACAUCCGAGAUCGAGGAGCUGAGAGCAGAAGCACUUGAUUGAGGAUUUAGGAAUUUGUGGUUUGAAUUGCACUAUAUGAUUGUGGUAUUGGGCAAUCUUUUUUUUUCUUCUCUCUUUUCAGGAAUGAAAAUGGCAUGAUUGUAGGAUGUCUUUGCCAUUGGUAUUGUUGUAUAGAUGAGGUUCUUCCUCUCUCUUCUGAUUUUUCCAUUUUAUCCUUAUCUUGCUAGUCCCAUACAUACAUGAGAUUGAGAAACAGAGUUUUAUGACGAUUUGGAGGAAAUGAAGAGUAUUACAUCGAGUGUUAAAAGAA